AUGACACUUGACUACACCAGCCAUCCGGCUGAGAUUGUGGGAUCGGGUGAGGUCAAGGGUGUGAAGAAGAUGGUCACCGUCGACGACCUCAGACGGGCAAUUCCAGCUUACUGCUUCAAGCCUUCUUAUAUCAAGUCGCUUUUCUUCCUCUUCCGCGACUUGCUCGUUAUUAGCGCCUUCGGGACAGCUGCUUGGUUCUAUAUUCCCGAGAUCCAAUAUACUCCUGCUCGUUAUGUUGCUUGGGUCUUUUACGGAUACAUGCAAGGUCUGGCUUUCACUGGUUUCUGGGUUCUCGGCCAUGAGUGUGGUCAUGGAUCGUUCUCGCCUUCCAAAUUGCUCAACAACAGCCUUGGUUGGGUCAUUCACUCCUCUUUGAUGACCCCAUACUUCGCUUGGCAAUCGACGCACCGCCGGCAUCAUAUCUACGCCAACAACCUCGCCAAAGACCACAACUAUGUCCCGCCUCAAGCUGAACAAUAUGCUAAGGUUCUUGGGAUGAGUACUGAGCAACUCGAAUCCCUCGACGAGAUGACUGAAGACGCUCCUCUUGCUGCUUUCGGUCGCAUUGUUAUGCAACAACUCCUUGGCUGGCCCAUGUACUUGUUCAAUAACAUCACCGCAUCUGCGGGAAGUUUGUACGGGAAGCAGUCUGAAAAGCUACUUGGCAACUCGCACCUGAACCCCUGGUCUACUCUUUUCAGGCCUGAAGAGGCGCAUCUCAUGAUUGCGUCGGAUAUUGGUCUUUUCCUUACUGCGAGCGGACUGUACUGGGCGGGCCAGAACUUCGGCGUUGCAAGUAUUGCUCUGCUCUAUGGCCAGCCAUAUCUAUGGUUGAACCACUGGAUUGUCGCAAUAACCUACUUGCAUCACACCCAUCCCAAGUUGCCCAAAUAUCAGGCCGAGGCUUGGACUUUCAUGAAGGGCGCAUUGGCGACGGUUGAUCGCAAUCUAGGCUGGUCUGGAAAGCACAUGCUCCACAACAUCGCUGAUUACCAUGUCAUUCACCAUCUCUUCUCUCGUAUCCCGCAUUACUACACAAAGGAAGCCACCGAAGCUAUCCAGCCUCUGCUUGGCGAACAGUACCAUGAAGACCGCGGCAACUUCAACGCUGCCAUGUGGGAUUCGUUCAACAAGUGCCAGUGGGUGAAAGCUGAUGAUGUCGAGGACGAGAAGGAGAGGGCGUACUGGUUCAAAGCCGGGCCAAUCCCACCUCCCGAGAGUGACAUGAAGAAGCGCGCCUGGAUCUAAAAGUGCGCUUCCACGAUGCGGAUUAUAUGUUUGGG